GCCGAGACGGUGCUGCAUCUGCACCCGCUGCUCCCGCCGGGAACCGCUCUCCACGGGAAAUAGACCCUUGUGAAGGUUUGGGAAGGAGCGAGACUGCUGGGAACGGCAGGUAAAGCUCAGCCGGUUUUAAUUUCUUGUGCAGCACUGACUUGCUACUGCCUGCAUUCCUGGAGGAGCUGGGAUUUGUGAGAGGAUGGCGGAAGAGAUAAUGAACUGGACCAGAGAGAAGUCACAAUUGUGUGAUAAUUGGAGGAGGAAGGAAAAAUCAACAAAACAACUGAAAAAGAGCAACAAGCAAUAUGAGGGUCAUGAAGAAGUCAUCAACAGCUGGUGAUCAGGGGUUGUUCCACAGUCCUUUGUUUUUCGGAAACUUAGAAAUGGCUUCACAAGAGGAAAUACAAGCUCAGCCCUUUACAGACAUCUUUGAUGAAGAUGAAGCUGAAAGAUUUUUUCUGUUGUCCAAGCCCACUUGCUUAAUUGUCUUUGGAAAGCCAGGCUCUGGAAAGAAAACAUUAGCUAGAAAACUAGCACAGAGAUGGAACUGCAUUUUCAUAGAAGCUUCAGAAGUAAUUCAAUCGAAUAUUCAACAAGGAACAGAAAACGGACUUAAGUGUCAAGAAUUGCUUUGUCAAGGUCAAAGCAUUCCUGAGGAACUGGUGACAGAAAUGAUUCUGCAAAAGAUUGAAUCACCAGAAGUUGCUCAUUUUGGUUAUGUUCUCACUGGAUUUCCUUCUCUCUCGGAGGAAUACAUGACUGUUUCACAGCAAAUACGGAAAAUAAUGAAUCUAAAAUUAAAACCGGAUGUCCUGAUUAACAUUAAGUGUCCAGAUUAUGAGUUAUGCCAAAGAAUAUCAGGACAAAGGCAAAAUCCUGAUUCAGGGGAGAUAUGUCAGAGGAGCCAGUGGGAUCCUACAGUUACUGGCAAGCAUAAGAAAGAGCAGGAUGAAGAAGAGGAUGAAGAAGAAGAUGAAGAGCGGGAUGAAGAAGAGGAGGAAGAAGAGACUGGAGAAGGUCCGCGUAAGAAAUUAGAAACUUUUCAUCAAUUAGUGCACAGGCCUGAAGAUUUUCUUGAAAAUGCAGAAAAAAGAAUUGGAAUACACAAGGAUAUAAUGCUUCUUCCUUUAGAAGAAUUGUUGACUGACCAGGAUUGUCGAUACCUUAUUGAAGUGGAUGGAAGUCAGCAACCAGAUUAUGUCUUUGAAGCAGUGGCAGGCAGACUUCAGUCUAUGGAUGUUCAAAGUGCAGCUCCUAUAAUCAGACUUCAAAGAGAAGAAGAAGAAGAAACGUUGGAGGGAAAGCAAAAUGAUGAACUUUUCCGGGCUCUGUCAUCUUACAAGCUGAUAGCACCCAGAUACCGAUGGCGUAGGAGCAGGUGGGGACGAGUGUGUCCUGUGGCUCUAAAGGAAGGGGACAUUGUAAUGGGAAACCCAGAGUUUGCUGUCAGUUUUCUAGGUAAAAUGUAUGUACUGUCAUCUGAAGAGGCAUUGAAAAAAUUUAUGAUGAAUCCACGACCUUACCUCUUACCUCCAAUGCCAGUUUCUCCUUGUAAAGUAUUCGUAUUUGGUCCUCCAUUCUCAGGAAGAACAACUAUUUGUAAUGUAAUUGCACACAAUUAUAAAGGAAAGGUUCUUGAUAUGGGCAAACUCAUUCAACAAUAUAAAGAAACAAGAGAAAAAAUCACUGAGGAAUUGCGAAAGGAUGCAGUAGAAAAGGCUAUAGCAGCAGUGAAAAAUAGACUGGAAUCAGAAGAAUCCAAAAGAUUGGAAUCAGAAGAACUAUCAGAAGAACACUCAGAAGAAUCCAAAAGAUUGGAAUCAGAAGAACUAUCAGAAGAACACUCAGACGAAUCCAAAAGAUUGGAAUCAGAAGAACAGUCAGAAGAACAAUUAGAAGAAUCCAAAAGAUUGGAAUCAGAAAAACAAGCAGAACACUCAGAAGAAUCCAAAAGAUUGGAAUCAGAAGAACAAUCAGGAGAACAAACAGAAGAAUCCAAAAUAUUGGAAUCAGAAGAACAAUCAGAAGAACACUCAGAAGAACCCAAAAGAUUGGAAUCAGAAGAACAAUCAGAAGAACACUCGGAAGAAUCCAAAAUAUUGGAAUCUGAAGAACAAUCAGAAGAACACUCAGAAGAAUCCAAAAGAUUGGAAUCAGAAGAACUAUCAGAAGAACACUCGGAAGAAUCCAAAAGAUUGGAAUCAGAAGAACAAUCAGAAGAACACUCGGAAGAAUCCAAAAGAUUGGAAUCAGAAGGACAAUCAGAAGAAUCAGUAGUACCAGAGAUAACUGCUGACCACCCAGAAGUUCAAGCCAUGGUAGAAGAAGCCAUGAAAAGCGCAUCAGUCUCUCAAGUUAUAUCACCUCAGAUAUGUGCUGAACUACUGGAGGGAGCUAUUGCAGAGCUUAUGAAGACAAACAAAGAUAGGUUUCCUGGUGCUUCAGAAAGAGGAGGGUGGGUAGUGGAUAACUACCCUCUGUCAGCAGACCACUGGUCAGCUUUAUCAGAGAAAAGACUUCUACCUGACACUGUUGUCUGUCUGAAGGAUACAAAAAAAGAUGGAGCCUGUAUACUACAUAGAGCAUACCUGGCAAGUAGGAAUGAAAAUAAUUCUGAGAUUUUGGAAAGACCAACAGAUGAAGCAUUAGAAAAUAAAGAAGAUGAUGCAAGAGGAGGAAUGGAAGAAACACUGACAUCAGAGGAAGAUCCGUCUCCAGCUGCUGCUGAGGAGAAAGAAGUCAUGCAACCUGAGUUUGCAGAGGAUGAUUUUCCAGAUACAGAAGAAAUUCAAGCAAAGAUUGACCUUUUCAUGAGUGAUUGGAAAGAAGUGGAAUCAAAAAUCAAGAAGUCAUCUCCAGUUCAGGUUGUUGUUUUAGAGAUUGCUGAGCAAACACCAGAAAGUCUGCUUAAUCAAACUGUGCUGGUUAUGGAAAAACCUUUUAAAUAUUAUGGCUGGGAAUUAUCUGAUGAAGACUUAGAGGAGGAAGCACAAGAUCUGGCUGCUGAAGAGGAAAAUGAGGAAGAGGAAGAAAAAGAGGAAGGUGAAGAAGAGGAAGAAGAAGGGGAAGAGGAAGAAGAGGAAGAAGAGGAAGAAGAUGAAGAAACAAUUAAGCAAAAGAAAAGGCUCAUGGGAGACACAAACCACUUUUGUCCAGUCAGUCUGAAAGAAAACUUUGUCCUCUACCCUGGACUCCAGGAACAUGCAGCUAAAUAUAAAGAAAAGAUUUAUUACUUUUCAUCUUCUGAGUACAGAGAUAAAUUUUUGAAGAAUCCUGAGGAGUAUGUGGCUCACAAUGAACCACUGAAAGCUCCUCCUUUACGUGUGUGUUUACUUGGGAUUCAUGGAGCAGGUAAAACUACUUGUGCUCGACAGAUAGCAAACAAAUUAGGCAUUUUCCAUAUUCAAUUUGAAGAAUAUCUACAGGAAUUGAUUUUACCCAAAACUAAAAGGAAAGUUGGGCCAUCUUUUGAUGAAGACCAUGAAGAUGACAAUAAAAUACCAGAGGAAUUGGAAGACUUCUCUCAGACCAUGACUAAAACUGAAACAGAAAAAAGCAAACGGGAAGUUAAAUUAACUGAUGAAGAAGAGGCAAUCAAAGCAAAUCUAAUGGAUACUAUGGAACUACCUCCAGAAGUCCUUGAUAAGAUUGUUCCUGACUGGUGGAAGAAAGAGCCAUUCCGGUCCACAGGCUUUAUACUGGAUGGCUUCCCUCGUACUUCAGAUGAAGCCAUAUAUUUGUCAGAACAAGGACUCUGUCCUGAUGUUGUAGUUUAUAUUCAAGUAGAAGAAGAUGACAUUCUUAACCGUCUUUUUCGGCCACGUCUGGAAAGAUGGAAAGACAGACAGCGUAAAAAAAAGGAAUAUAAGAAGAAGCUGAAGGAACUAAAAGCAAAAAAAAGAAAUGAGAACAUUGCCAGAAGAAGGGAAGAACUUUUAGCAGAGCGACAAAAAAAGAAGCAAGAGGCUUUAGCAAAUAAGGAUAAUGAUGAAGAUAGUGAGGAGGAGGAGGAGAAUGAAGAUAUUGAAGCUAUACUUGCAGAAGAGUUUUUAGAAGAAGAGGAAGAACCAGAAGAAGAAGAAAAUGAAGAAGAUGCUGUUGAGCGCAUGCAAAAUGAAAUUUCGGAGAAAUUUGAAUCAGAAGUAGAAAGAUUACAAAGUGUGCAGGAAGAAUUUGAAAAGUUAUUAAUACCACCACUUGAGAUCAAUGGAGGACGGAAGCCUCACAUCGUGUGCUACCAAAUAUACAGCAAGCUGAAAUCUCUAGUGGAAAACCGCAGGAGCAUUUUUGAGAAAUGUUACCCAAUAAGUUUGCCACUUGCACAAAAGAUGCUAGUUUUCUCAUAUAAACGACUAAGUUCUUUUGGUCAGUGGGAUCCAGUCAAGUUAAGCCAAGGAGAUGUGAUCAAGCCACAACAAAGGCAGGGAAGCACAGUCUUUCCAGUAAUCCAUCGACAAUAUAUUUAUUUCUUUUCAAGUAAAGAAAAUAAAGAAACAUUUAUGACAAAUCCCAUCAAAUAUAUUUGUCAGCCAAAACCUAAGCUAUCUGCACCAGUAAAGAUUGCAUUUGUGGGACUUCCAAAAUCUGGAAAGACUACAGUUGCCCAGAGACUUGCGAGUGUUUAUGGGUUCGCGCGCCUGUCCUUAGGAGAUGCCAUCCGGUUUGUGAUAAACAACCAGCCAGAGAGCGAGUUGGCACUUAAGGUACAGUCACCCCUUCUCCAAGGACUCACCGUACCUGAUGAAUUGGCCAUCCAGGCUCUAGAAGUGGCUCUGCUAAAUCACGUGGAUAAUGCCACUGGAGUUGUAAUAGAUGGAUAUCCUCUAACAAGAAAACACGUAAAUCUCUUGGAAUCAACUAAGAUAGUUCCAGUGAAAAUCUUUGAAUUCAAUAUGGAUACAAAGGAAAUGUUCAGGAGAGCACUGUUGGACAAGGAAAGCCCAAACCGACCUUCCUAUCCUGAACAUGACAGCCCACAGAUUCUAGCUAUUAAAAAUUCCUGCUAUAAAGAGCACAUUGAUGAUAUUAGAACUUACUGUAUGAAGGAAUAUCAGAACUGGUGUGUGAUUGAUGCCAAUCACAACAAAUGGAGGGUCUGGAACAGUGUUCUGCAAGAAGUUCAGAUGGUUGUUAAACAAAUGCAGAUAUACCUGGAAAAAAGAAAAGAAGGAAAAGCAGCCAGCAUUGCUUAUUUAUGUGUCACUCCCAAGGAACUGCAGGAUCGGCUGGGGGAGUGUGGACAGUACUGUCCUGUCAGCCUUGCAGAGAAAGGUGAACUGAUUGACUGCUCUGUAACCCCCUCACUGGAGUUUGCUGCAGAAUUUCAAGGGCGCUAUUACAGAAUGGCUUCACAGGAAGAACUGGAAAAAUUUUUGAGCAGACCAGAGGUUUAUGUAUCAUCACUGGCAUCUCAUCCUCUCCCACCCCCACAUAUGUUGCCAAAGAAACUGACUGCAGCAGAAGUGAUGGCCUUAUUCCCUGUAAAGGCUGAAAUGCAGGGAUACUGUCCAGUCACUUACCUAGAUGGAAAACAGAGAUAUGAAGCUUUGGUGCCUGGCAACAUCGAGUAUGCAGCAAAAUACCAAGACAAGGUAUAUAUUUUUGAAAGUGAAGAAAAACUUCAGAAGUUUAUGAGGUUACCAGAGAAGUACUGGAAUCUGAAGCUUCCCCACAAACUCCCUCCAAAAAAAGAGCCAAUGCUACUAACUACACUUCCUGUGGCUGGAUACCUUGAACAGGGAGUAGCAACUUCUCUAAUAAAAGCUCUGCAUGAAGUCGGCAGCCUUAAGCCAAAGUUCCCAUUCCUAAGUGUGAAAGAAACUGCUCUGCUUUUUGUCUCCUUCCAUCUAAAAGCACACAACCCCCGGAGCUCGGAGCCAGUGCGGCAGAUGUACAGGAAGAAGCUGUUGGAGUUUGUGGAGCACUGCCAACUCAUCCCCUACCUGGGGACUGCCAUGACGGGCCCAUAUAAAGAGCCAAGAGAACGGCCCCUUGGCCUUGAUGACAGGCUGCAGACUUUUCUUUCCCUGAAAGGCACUCGUCCCACUUUUGUGUGAAACCUGUAUUUCCCCUGAUAAACACAUGGAGUGUUACCAUCAGGCACCAGCAUGGCUGCAACAUGGCCCGCAAACAUCACACGUUCUCGGGCCAGUUUUUUAACUAUGAAAUCUUAGAAAUAAAAUCUUUUGUCUGAAGCUGAGAGACAUAAAGCUACUAGAGAGUGUCCAAAGGAAGGCUGUGACAAUAGUGAAGGGCCUUGAGGGGAAGCUGUGUGAGGAGCAGCUGAGGCCACUUGGUCUGUUCAGCCUGGAGGAGACUAAGGGGAGACCUCAUUGCAGUCUACAGCUUCCUCAUGAGGGGAAGAGGAGGGGCAGGCACUGAUCUCUUCUCUAUGGUGACCAGUGACAGGACCCGAGAGAAUGGCCUGAAGUUGUGCCAGGGGAGGGUUAGUUUAUAGAUAUUAGGAAAAGGUUUCUCACCUAGAGGGU